GAAAGCGUUACCCUUGGCUGCGAGGGACGCCACAAUGGCUGCCGUUUUGUGCACUUCCGGAUAUGAUUGUCAACAAAAUAUUUACACAAAACCACAGAUUUCGAUGUAGCAUUAACUUUCUUGCUUUUACAUCGAAAGAAAGAUAGAAGAUAUUUUCCAGUUUGAUGUGACAUAACACUUGCCAACAAUUUGGUUUGGUCGAAUUUACCAAAAUGGCGGAUGACAACAUUCCGACAAGGGAUGUCAGCAACAAUGCCAUCAAACAUCUGACCAGUGAAGCGGCACAGCAGCGUCAGCAUGCUGCAAAAUUUUCUCGUGAUGAAUUGGAGGAUAAAUAUCUGCGCAUGUAUGAGGAGUACAUUAUCCUCAAGAAAUAUGCUCGGAAGCAGGAAGACAAGAUUAAAAAAAUGGCGACGAAACUUCUCAAGCUUGUUAAUGAUAAGAAGAAAAUGGAAGAAGGCAAAGGUGGUAAAAGUGCUGCUGCUGCAAGUGAAGACAGAGUUGAAGAAAUGAGUGCUAAAAUCCGAGAACUGGAAAAGCAAAAUGGUCAGCUGAGAGAAAAAUUGAUGCUGACAAAACAGCAGUUGUCAUCUGUAGGGCCAAAACGUGGUACAACAUAUCACCAUGUUCAAGCAAGGAUAAACACAAAUCGCCCAGCUAGUAAGCUUUCACAAAGUGCAGUUCAAAUUGACCCUCGGAUUACCAGAAAUUUACGGGUCAUGGGUCCACAGCCACAGCAGUCAGAAUCGCAGCUCACUACAAAUAUGUCUUCAGGACCACGCUAUGGGCACAGUGUUUUGGAAGCAACUCGGGCUGAGAAAAGCAAAUUGGAAGACUAUUUGGCUUCAAUGAGAGAACAGAACCAGAUGUAUGAGAUGCAGAUAGAAGAACUGAAAGAGCAGCUUAAACUCAAAGAGUCUGAAUAUGAAGAGGACAUACUUAAGAUUAAACAACAAAUCACAUCGGAACAAAAAGUCAAUCUUCAAGAAAAUAUUGAUAUGAUUAAACUGCAGCGAGAUGUGAAAGAGAAGUCCACCAUGCUGAUUGCCCUGCAGGACAGAUAUCAACACAUGGAAGAGAGUAGUCGAGCUGUGAAGCAGAGCCACGAUCAGAUCUUGCGGGAGAUGGAGCAUCUCAACCUGCAGUUCCAGGAAGAGCAAAACAGGAACCUCAGCCUUCAAAAUGAGCUCAAGAUGGCGGGAACAUCUCAGAAGAAAGCCAUGGAGCUCCAAGAACAGAUCUCAGACCUCGAGAAAGAGUGUGCUGUGCUGAAGGAGGCCAAUGAGAACCUGGUGGGAAGUGCCUUUGACCUGGAGCGAGAGCGGGAGUGGCGUCAAAAAGAGAAUGCGCUGAAAGUACAGAUAGCACAGCUGGAGGCAACAAUGAAGUCUGACCUCGGGGAGAAGGGCAGCAUCAUAGACAGAUAUGCUCAAGAGAGAGAUGCUCAUGAGAAACUGCAAACAGAGAACAGAGAACUGAAAAUUGAGUACUACAGUUUGAAAGAGCAGAUGGAUGACCUCAAUGAGAAAAUGAAGUUCUUUACAAAGGAGAGUGAGGUGGACUUCACAGAGAUUGAGGAAGCCCUGGUGCUGAUCAAACAGAAGAAGCAGCGUGAGCAGGCUCCUCCAGAUUUCCUACAGGCUGUGGACGACGAACUCAGCAAAGAUCACAGAAAAGCCCUGGUGGAGCUACAGGCUGAGUAUGCGGAGACAGUUCAUGAGCUUGAGAAGACUCGCAACAUGCUUGUAGUUCAGCACAAGAUCAACAAGGACUACCAAACUGAGGUCAACCUUGCCACAGGCAAAUUGGAUGAAGUCAAGAGAGAGUAUGAGAUGAAACUGGAUGAGUAUGCGAGGCUGUUGGAUAUUCGCGCUGCAAGGAUCAAGAAAUUGGAAACUCAAUUGCGGGAUGUUGCUUAUGGCACAAGGCAGUAUCGACUACCUCCUCCUGAUGAUGAUCUUGAUUCCACUGCUGAUCUUGAUGAGACCAUCAGCCUUGAACGAGGACAGAAUCUUUUUGAAGUUCAUAUUGACAAGGUGUCACUGUCUAAGGAUGCACUGAGAGUCAUUGGAGAUGAGGAGCCGUCUCUCUUCUGUAUGUGGGACUUCUUUGAGUUUGAGAGUCUAUCUACACCAGUAGUGAGGGGCUCUAGGCCCAUGUUUGACUUCACCUCACAAUACAUCGUCAAAGUCGAUGAUUUCUUCCUGCACUAUCUUCAGAAGGAUUCUUGCAGACUCGAACUGUACCAGUCAUUUGGACAAGAUUACAGCAAAAUUGCUGUAUGUCAGCUGGUCUUCAGGGAUAUUUUUGAUAAACCUCAUGGACGAAUUCAUGGCACUGCCUCUCUUACCGGUACUGCUGAUGGUGAAACUGGCAUUGGUUAUGGUACUGUGGAUUACUGGGUACGCCUCAGAGUACCCAUGGAGCAAGCGUUGAGGCUUUAUAAGGAACGCACCAAGGCUCUGGGCUACAUCAUGGCUAACGAGCGUAUGGCUACCCAAGCCUUGGAGGCUCUGGAUGAGACAGCAGCACAGAGACCCCCGGACAAUGUUAAUGAGAUGCAUAUUAAGGUCAUCAGGUGCUCCAAGCUUCAGCCACGCAGGCAAAAUGUGCAGCCAUCGCCGUACUGUGCCUACAAGCUACUGGAUUUCCCUGACCACGACACUAUCAUCCUGAGAAGCACCAACAACCCAGAGUUUAACGACCACAAAAUCUACAGUGUCCCUGUCACCUUUGAGUUGGAUCAGUACCUUAGAACUGCUAAACUUCAAAUCUAUGUGUUUGAUGACACGGAUCCGGAAGUUGAGGCUUACCUGGGUGUGGCUGAGAUCCCUCUCCUGCCCCUGGCUCACGACAAACCUGUGUCUGGGGACUUCCAGCUGACCCGUGGUACGGGAAAAGUCCCAGCUGGGGUCAUUGAGGUCGAAAUGAGGUGGCAGUACACCUACCUGCCUCCCAAGGUGCCUAAGCAUGAACCCCAGGAGCUUGAGAUGGCUCCAGAUGAGCCGCCCCAGAAACUGGAGGCUGAGGGACCCCCAACAAGGCAGGAACUGGUCGGGUCCCCACCGGGGCCCCAGGUAGCGCGUGCUGUAAGGAAGCAAAGAGGUCCUACAGCCACGUCCACUCCAAUGGACAAAGAUCUCUUGCACCCUUCUCAUGCUCAGAGGACAGAAACAGGACCAAAACCUGUCUCAAGACGCAAGGUCCAAAUCUCAGAGGGAAGCAGCACGGAGCAUGAGGACCAGCCUGAGGUCAACGAGGUCAAUGACACCGUGGCCGAGGUCAUCUCGGGCUUCAUGCCGCGAAUGUCAGAGUCCAUCUCCUCGGUGCCUGGAGAAUCAAGUGCUGUGACAGAUCUUGGGCCCCCAAGUGUUGUGGAAGAAGAAUCAGCCAUGCCAGGACCCUCUGCUGGAGAGGAGAGCGAGGAGGGGGAGGAGCUUCAGGCUAGACCUUCCCCUCCGCGCUCCUCUCUUCAGUUGGAGUCGGGAUCAGAGGAAGAGUACUUCCAUGCACCCAAGAGCAAACCGAACAAAGUGCCAGAGGGUAAACAAAGACCCAAACCCAAAGCUAGAACUCAGCUCUUUAUGAGUAAGAUGAACACACAUGAACAAGCCCGAGAAACAACUCCAACUCAGGAAUCUCCUUCCCGCUCUGCAGCAGAAGAGGAGGAGGAAGAAGAAGAAGUUGAAGAAGAAAUCGUGGAGGAGGUGCUGGAAGGUGAGGACACACUGAUAGAGGAAGAGCAGGAGCCUGUGGUGAGCUCAGCACGCGAGUCUGAGGCGUCAGAACCUCCUGUUGUGGAGUCAGACAGUGAAGGGAUCAUGGUCGUACAGGAGACUCCAGCACGGGUCAAGCGCAGGCAGGCCAAGAGUAACGACACGGUGACCAUUGUGAUCUCGCAGCUGUCUCUGGAGGAGGACUCCCCGCCCAUGCUGGAUGACAAUGUGAGGCAGCUCUACGUGGAGUACUGGUUCUAUGACUUGGAGUUUGUGGAGACGCCAGACUCCUUACCCAAGCCUAAGCCUCAUCGAAGUAUUGCUUUCAACUUCAGCAAAAGUAUUCCAGUAGAUAUGGAAAAACAUUACGAGCGCCGGAGACAUUUGGCAAGCAUGCUACUUCCUAACCAUCAGGAUCAGGGCAGACUGAAAUUCACUGUGGUCAGUGAGCCGCCACAGACAGAGAGCCUGGAUGAAUCUGUCAACUGUGAGGAAGUGGGAGUGGCUUAUGUCAACUUUCAGCAAAUGCUGCGGCAGGGCAAAGACAUCAUUGAUGAGGAUAUUGACAUUGUGGAUUGCCAUGAUGAGAGCAUCUUGGUCGGUCAGCUAAAGUUGACUGUGGAAUGUGUGGAAGUUCUGAAGGCUAUCAAAAGUGAGAUACAGAUUGAGGAGACGUACUGAUCAGCAGCACUGACAGAAAAAUUCUGGCUUGUCACAUAGCUCUUAUUUCCUUUCCUUUACUUUGUUAUCAAAUUUGCACUUUAUGUUUAGAAAAUUUUAGUGAAAAAAAUAUUGUAACUCUUUGUCAAAGCGAAUUGAUAGAUCCACAUAUAUAUGGAUAGUUUCAAUUCAUAAGAGAAUCAACAGAAGUGGAAUUGUUUUUUUACUCCUUUUAGUAUGGACUCACAAACUAGAAAAUAAAUGUGAUGACUCGAAAUGUCAAUGGUACACUCCCCUCAACCCCAAAUCAACUGCAAUGAAAAUCAUGUUCAGUUUCCUAUCUUAUUUUCUAUAGAUAGUGGUCAGGGUACACAAAAGAACAGACCUCGUCAUUUCAAUUUCAGCAAAUUAUUUUUAUUCUAAUUUCUUAUCAGUCUAUUGUAAAAUGCUCAGUGAUGGGUUUACAAUGUUUGGACCCACUCAGCCUUCAGAACCCCAGAUCUUAAGUCUUUAAAAGAAAUAUUUUAUUUUGGAAUACUGGAAGGCCGUAAUAUAACAAAGUGAUAUACACUGCAGUGUAAAGCGGAGUUUUCCAAUGGUAACGAGCAAUUCAUAUAAAAAACAUUUAGUAAGCUUGUCUUUGUUCGCUUCCACAAGAAAGUGAAUUGUGCCGUAGCUUUUUAAAGUGGAUUGGUCUGUCCACUGGGGCUUUGAAGCAGCACAAUUACAAUCAAUUAAAAAGCCUGUGGAGAAUUAAUGAUUUGCUUGUGGGGUGCUUUGUGAUGUAUUUCUGGCUAAAAAUGGAAGCCUCUAAUUUCUAAGACACAGUUGUGCCCCUCUUUAGAAUCUGUUUCAGACUUGCCUUCUAUCACAUAGGCAUAUAUCACCAGUGUCAGUUGAUGCUGGUUUACGUGAGAGAGAAUGCUAGUCGCAGAUCAGUAGGCCUACAUCACGUUUGAUAUUUUCAAUUUUGAAUAUCCAUUUGCCCUGUCUUUUAUUCUGGGUAAGCUGGAGUAUUAAAUGUAGCAUAAUUUUUCCCCACUCUAUGUUCAUGUUAUUUAUUGAUAGAGAUAUCUAAAAAUAGCUACAUUUAAAAAGCAGUCACAGCUAUUACCGUUAAACGAGGUUAAAAGUGACCUAUCGAGGCGAAAUGUGAUGUUCUUAUAAUUCAGACGUAUUUGCAAUGAGAUUAUAUAUGUAUAAUUCAUAAAGAACAAUUGAAUCAGCUUCUAAUUUCUAAACUCUUUCACAAGAUAAACUACUGGUAGUAUACUCUCCAUAAAGGUAUAGAGAAACAUGCAGACUGGCUCAUGCAUCAUUUCUCGCAGUUCAUCACUACUAUAUCGUGUACAUAAAUGAAUAUAUUUUGUUACCUACUGCAGUUUUCAUUCGGUUCUAAUAAGUAAUUUAAUUCUCGUACAAAUCUGUGAUAUUCGAAUGAAACUGGUUUAUAUACUUUGACUAAAUAAAACAUGUUUUUCCUUAAAUGGUUCUAGUAGUAGAGGUAUUGUCAUGACUGUCUGUGCAUCCAUCAUGUGUGAUGACUAGUAAUUCUAUUUCACUGUUGUAUGUGAGUAUGAGUAGUGAGAAAAGUCAUACAUGUAUGAAGUUAAUUGAGCUUUGACUACAUCACAAUCAGUGUCCAUUUACAGUACAAGUUCACAAACUAUGGAAGCAAAUGGAUUGUUGUCACUCUUGCGUUGUGAACACAGGGUCAUGAACAUAUAAAUUAAAUAAAUUGAUACCGGUAUACUCUUA